CACUUAUUACAGCGACGACCGCCAUUGAAUCAGUGUGAUUGGUGUCGCAGUGCAACAAGCAAUACGUAUUAUUUUGUAAAACAGCGGAAUCGCAAUUACGUUUUGGCUCAUUGAUUAACGUCUAGAUGUCAAGUCCAGAAGAGUGUAAACUUAAGGGUGGACACCCUCCUGCAGUAAAAGCGGGAGGAAUGAGAAUUAUCCAACAUAAAACACCGAAGGAGGAUCGCGAUGUAAAGCCCCUUAAGGAUGCGGAUGAAAGUAGACCGUCGACCAGUCCACCUAAAACUUUGAUGAUUAGUGGAUAUCCUGCUAAGGGAAACGCAGAUUUUCCACCAGAAGCUGUACAAGUUUUCCAUGAGAAGCCAACACCGACUCAUGAUGCACGUCCAUAUCAUUGUUCACGUCCAAUUCAUAUCCAACAACCUAGGAAGUGAACAAUACGCAUACUCUCCAACUAUGGGCUACCAAAACAAGAUACCAGUCCAUAUACUUAUCGAUUAAAAAAAAUAAAAACACACAAAAAAAAGAUAAAAACA